AUGGGUGUCUGCGAGAAUAUCGAUGAUCCAAAAACCAAGGCCUACCGGCUUAUCGGCUACGCCGCCGUCACCUUCUCCGCUGUCGCCGUUCUCUGCUUCUGCGUGACGAUGCCAGUGGUGUACACUUAUGUUCAAGCAGUCAAGCGACAAAUGAACCAUGAGAUGACCAUGUGCAACGUGAACGCGCGUCAAAUCUAUCAAGACGUGAACUCACUUCGCGCCGGAUUCCCAUUUAUCCACGGCAAUCGUACCGCCCGUCAGGCUGGAUAUGAUGGACAAGAAGAGAAGAAUCAUAUCAGCGGAUAUCCCGACACGAAAGCUCCGUCAGCCAAUUACGACGGAAAACCAUUUGUCGCUGUUGGUGUUGAAGAUGGCGGUCAGUUCACCAGCAGCCACAAUGAGCAUCCUGAUGAGGGUCACAAUACUGGAACCUGCGAGGAUUGCUGUCUUCCAGGACCUCCUGGACCGCCAGGACCUCCAGGAAAGCCGGGAAACAACGGAAAGGCCGGAGCCAACGGACUCAACGGGAAUCCAGGGCGUCCGCCAGAGUCGCCAUGCGAUCCUAUCACGCCGCCUCCAUGCAAACCGUGUCCAGAGGGACCAAAGGGAGCUCCGGGACCAGCUGGACCGCCGGGCGCCGAUGGACAGCCAGGAAUCGCCGGGCCACCAGGAGAGGUUGGACCUGACGGUGAGCCGGGAAACAAGGGUCGACCAGGAGUGCCUGGAAAAGCCGGAGAGCCAGGCGCACCAGGAGAGAACGGAGAGAACGCCGACACCAACGAGCCACAGCCCGGACCCAAAGGACCUCCAGGACCACCGGGACCACGCGGGCCAAAAGGGCCACCAGGACAUCCUGGAGAGCCGGGAGAGCCGGGAGAACAAGGCGAGCCCGGAGAGCCUGGAGCCGACGCCGAGAAUGGCGACGACGGCACACCGGGAACGCCGGGACACGACGGCACCCCGGGACGUCCGGGCGAGAAGGGAAUCUGUCCGAAGUACUGCGCCCAGGACGGCGGAAUUUUCUUCGAGGACGGAACUCGACGAUAA